AUGUUUCAGAUCACAACCGAGGAAGCGAAGGACCACCCGAAUGUUGUAUCAGGUAUAUUCUCAUUGAACUCGAUGCCUACGUAUGUGUUAUUUGAUACCGGUGCCAGUAGAUCGUUUGUAUCAAGUGAAUUAGUGUCACACCCCUCCUUUAGAAUCGAAAGACUGCGUGUACCAUUAGAAGUAGAAAUAGCCGAUAGUAAGAGUUACUUGUUGCACGAAGUUUGUAGAGAUUGUGAAAUAAUCAUUGAAGACGAGAAGUUUGCUAUUGACCUUAUUCCCAUGAUAUUGGGGGAAUUUAAGGUUAUAGUUGGCAUGGAUUGGCUAGCUAAACAUCAGGCCGAAAUUCAAUGUGAGAAGAAGGUAAUUCAUGUGUUAACCUCGGAAGGAAAACGAGUAAGCAUACAAGGGGAAAGGAAUAUCAAUUCUAAGCUUUGUUCUAUAGUCCAAGCAUACAAAUACGUACGAAAUGGAAGCAAGGCAUUUCUAACUUACGUGGUGGAUACUAAGCAGAAUACCCCUAAGAUAGAAGAGGUUGAAGUUGUGAAUGAGUUUCUUGAUGUUUUUCCGGAAGAUUUACCGGGGCUUCCACCAGAACGCGAAGUGGAUUUCAAGAUCGAAUUAUACCCUAACGCCAAACCCGUAGCCAAGGCCCCUUAUAGGCUGGCCCCAACAGAAAUGCGGGAGCUAAUGGUACAAAUACAAGAAUUGCUCGACAAGGGAUUUAUACGCCCGAACCCGUCAAAGGUGGAAGCCGUUAUGAAAUGGGUACCUCCCAAGAACCCAAGUGAAGUAAGAAGCUUUUUGGGUUUAGCAGGCUAUUAUAGGAGGUUUAUCCAAGACUUUUCUAAAUUGGCCUUGCCGUUGACCAAGUUAACCAAGAAGGAUGAGAAGUUUUCAUGGGGUGCAUAUCAAGAAAGGGCAUUUCAAACCUUGAAAGAAAAGCUGUCGAGUUCCCCGGUACUAACUCUACCAGAUGGAACGGAAGACUUGGUGGUGUUUACGGAUGCGUCACACCAAGGGCUGGGAUGUGUUUUGAUGCAAAGGGGUAGAGUCAUUGCCUAUGCUUCUAGGCAAUUGAAGACACACGAAAGUAAUUACCCAACCCAUGAUUUGGAGUUAGCUGCAGUAGUAUUUGCUUUGAAGAUAUGGAGGCACUAUCUUUACGGCACGAAAAGCGUAAAGGCAGAACAUCAGAAACCAUAUGGGAAGUUGCAACCGUUAGAGAUUCCGGUAUGGAAAUGGGAAGAAUUGACGAUGGACCUAGUGACCAAGCUUCCUAAGACAAGGAAAGGUCACGAUGCUAUAUGGGUGAUCGUAGAUCGCCUCACCAAGAGUGCGCAUUUCUUACCCAUUCGGGAAGCCUUCUCCUCCGAAAAGAUGGCGGAGAUCUAUGUUAACGAGAUAAUAUCACGACACGGAGUUCCUGUAUCUAUUGUGUCGGAUCGAGAUACCCGAUUCACAUCUCGAUAUUGGCAAGGUUUUCAUGAAAGUAUGGGUACAAAAUUACAUUUCAGUACCGCUUACCACCCCCAAACGGAUGGUCAGUCCGAGCGGACUAUUCAAACACUUAUCGACAUGCUGCGAGCAUGUGUGAUAGACUUCGGGGGAAGCUGGGAUGACCACUUGCCGUUGGUGGAAUUUUCAUACAACAACAGCUACCACAACGGCAUUCGAAUGGCACCGUAUGAAUUGUUGUAUGGAAGAAAGUGUAGAACUCCAAUUUGUUGGGGAGAGGUGGGACAGAGAGAAAUUGCACCCAACGAGGUGGUGGUUAAAACUAACGAGAAGAUCGAUCUUGUGCGAGCCCGUUUGAAAGCGGCUCAAGAUCGACAAAAGGCCUAUGCAGAUCAAAGGAGGCGACCCAUCGAAUUUCAAGUAGGUGAUUAUGUGUUAUUAAAGGUUUCCCCAUGGAAAGUUAUAAUCCUUUUCCGUAAGCGAGGAAAGCUAGGUCCUCGCUACAUAGGACCUUUCAAGAUUUUAGCCCGGGUUGGGGAGGUAGCAUAUCAGUUGGAGUUACCGCCAACUUUGGAUGGAAUACAUGACACAUUCCAUGUAUCACAAUUGAGAAAGUGUUUAGCGGAUGAGACGGCAUAUGUGCCCCUUGACGAUAUUGAGCUGGAUGAAAAAUUGAAUUAUAUCGAGAAGCCGAUAGCUAUCAAGGAUUCUAAGGUAACGCACCUUCGGAACAAAACUAUAAAGCAAGUCUUGGUGCAAUGGCAACAUCGGAAAGGAUCGGAUCUUACAUGGGAGUUAGAGGAUGAAAUGAGGAAGCUCUACCCGACAUUAUUUGUUCAACAAGAAUGA